GAGAGAGAGAGACUGUGUGUGCAUGAGGCGAAAGGAGAGGGGGCUUCUAAAAACAAAGAUUUACGAAUUGAUAGGUGGUCGCGGCGUGUUUGACUGAACAGUCUUACGCAAAAAGUCUAAGAUCUCUGCGCUUCCUCUUCUUAAAGGAUUAAGGCAAGUGAUGGCCACCAGGUGGAGGCCGGAGCCCUGUCAUCGCGAUUUUAAGCAAAGCACAGGACACCGCACGCAGAAAUAAAAAAGCUGAAGAAAAACUUUCCUACUGAGCAGCAAUUCGGUCGCUAUAAGAGGAAACCAUAGUAAGAACACAUAAGUGAGGAAUAUUAUUGAUUAAAAUAUUAUUUUUAAAUUCCGCUUGCUUCCAUGUAAAGCAGACGAAACUUGGGAUCAUUUCUUUUCUCAUUACUUCUCGGGAAACUAAUGUCAUCGCGGUUAAGUGGAAUUCAAUAACGUGUAUUGUCUUGGGACCGCUGUUAAAAGGGAGCUUUUCCUUUAAUGCUCCGCGGGCUGGCUGUGCAAUUCAUUUCGGUUUAAGAUGACAACGGAAACUCCUCCGCAGCAUUUGGACUCUCCGGCCUCUCUAAGGUCCAGUCCGGCUUCUGGAAGUCUGCACGCUGCCCUAAUGAGCCAGCAGCCAGCGCCAGUGGAGAGCACAGUCUCUUCGAAGUCAAAAAAAGUCAACUCAGGACUUCGACGACCUGAAAAGCCACCUUAUUCUUAUAUUGCCCUUAUAGUGAUGGCAAUACAGAGCGCCCCGACUAAGAGACUGACACUAAGCGAGAUCUACCAGUUCCUCCAGGCUCGGUUCCCUUUCUUCAGGGGCUCGUAUCAGGGUUGGAAAAAUUCGGUGCGACACAACCUCUCUUUGAACGAAUGUUUUAUUAAAUUGCCCAAAGGCUUGGGCAGACCUGGAAAGGGCCAUUAUUGGACCAUUGAUCCAGCCAGUGAGUUUAUGUUUGAAGAAGGGUCUUUUCGUCGUAGACCAAGGGGAUUUCGAAGAAAAUGUCAAGCCUUGAAGCCUAUGUAUAGGAUGAUGAACAGCAUUGGUUUUGGCACUUCAAUUUUACCACAAAAUUUUGAUUUUCAACCACCAUCGUCUCUGGCAUGUCACACCAACAGCUACAACUUGGACAUGAUGGCCAAUUCUAUGACAGGAGGUUAUGACGGAUUCGGUGGCGGCCCUCAUGUGCCUCAUAUGUCUCCAAGUCCUGGAUCUACCUAUAUGGCCAGUUGUCCAGUAACAUCUAAUGGAGACUAUGGUCCUGACAGCAGUAGCAGCCCUGUGCCGUCUUCUCCUGCUAUGGCUAGCGCCUUAGACUGCCAUUCUCCGUACGCAAGUACAUCUGCCCCGUGGGCGCAAUCAGGGGGCACUCCUUACAUCAAACAACAGCCCAUAGCAACAAAUAGUCCGUCGGUGUCCAGUAUACAUUCUAGCAUGUCUUCAUAUUCAUUAGAGCAAAGCUAUCUACAUCAGAAUUCCAGAGACACGGGAGAAAUAUCAGUGGGGAUACCUCGCUACCAAGCACAUGCACCUCCUGUCUGCGAUCGGAAAGAUUUCGUUUUGAACUUCAACGGGAUUUCCUCGUUUCACCCUUCGGCCAGCGGAUCUUAUUAUCAUCACCAUCAUCACCAUCACCACCACCACCACCAGAGCGUUUGUCAGGAUAUCAAACCAUGCGUAAUGUGAGUGGCUGUUUGGACAUCGCCACUAAUCAGCUCUGCCAAACCAAGUCAAACGUCGCAGGCACUGAGCACUGAGGUUGCACCUGCAUCUUGAUUUCCUGGGAAUUUGGGCUUAUCUUGAAACGCCAGAAAAAGGAAGUAACACACACAUUUGAGUUUAUCACAAAUCUCAUUGUGAAGGCAUUUUCAUUUUUAUUUUUCUUAUCAAUGUGUUUUUUAUUGGUUUUCAAAUUCACGAUAAGGCAGGCGUAUUGCUGUAUGCUACCGUACGAAUGCACUAUUUUCCAAAUACACUUUUUAUAGCAAUAUCACGUCUGCUGAAUAAAGAAAUAUAAUACCUAAAUCAUUUGUAACGUGUGGCCGAUUACUGCACCCCAUAAACAUUAUUUAGCAAUACCUUUAUUUUUAUCAUAUAUGCUUAGAAAAUGGAAGCGGACACCAGAUUUCAAUGUACAGUUCUUUUAAAAUUCUCCAUUCUUCAUUAUGUUGAAAAGGUCAAACGUAUUUAAAAUGUUAUCCAUUUCAUGUGUAUUAUGCUUAUGUAUGUUGGGGUUUUGAGUAUCCUGCAGGUUUAUUUUUUUCACUCCGUUCAGAGCUGGCUUGGUGGUUUGUUUAAUAUCAGGAUGUUUCCAACGGCGAUCUCAGGAAAUGGGACUGAGAUACACCCACUUUAUUUUUGCACUUAAUGAAUACAUUUAAAAGUGUCAAUAUGCAGAUGUAAAAGAAGUCAAUAAAUGUAUAUAUGUGUGCCUUUAUGCGUCUGGGUUCCCACCGCAUUUCUUUUUCAAGGCAGAUCAUAAUGUGCCUUAAGAUUAAAUAAUGACUUACUUUAAUGUUAGGAAAGAUUUUAAGUAAAAUAUUUAGAGAAUGAUGUGCAAUGAAAAAUGUUGGUGUUUUCUUUAGCUACAGUUUUUCACUCUGAUGGUUAUACAAUCUGCUCCAUUCCGUUUGUUUCUUUAAUACAACAGAUUUGUUUUCACCCGCAUAUUGGAAAAGUCAUUGUGCAAUUUUAGUGAAGGUAAAAAUAUUAGGUUACAAUUAAUUCUCUUGAGCAAGACAUAAUUAGUUAAAUAAAAGUGCAAUUCAGAAUUCAUUUGUAGUUUUUCUGAACCAUAUGUAAGGGUCAUUUUGGCAGCCUCUCUCGCAUCAUCGGGCAUAGGGUAGGACCAAAAUACUGCUUUAACAUUAUUAAUAUUUUGUCGAAGCCGGAAAUUAAAUUUGUUUACUGUAGUUUUGAUUUUAUUAUUAUAAGUAUAAUGAAAGAUAUUGUAAAAGUAAAAUAUAAUUUGAAAUGUUUUUUUUUUUAUCUUGGGGCUACUUCGAAAGGUGAUGAUGAGAAAGAACAAAACUAAUUUGUUAUUACUCUGAAUAUUCCAAAUUCUAGUCUUAGUAGUAAAUCAAAUAGGAUUACUAAAUACAAGCAAGAGGGAAACGUUGUUUUGUUGUUAUUAGCAUAAUAACUAUCAAACGCGCAUAAUCCAUAGAGCCUAUCACUGCACUGCAUGGAAAUGAGACGCCUGCUAAGUACGGGACUUGCUGUUAUCAUUUUGUUGCUUAUUAUUUGGACAGAUAAUUUUAAAAAAUUACACUGUAACGUGUAACGAUAAAAAGACGUGCAAUGCGUGAUUCGAUGCAGAUAGAUGAAGUCUUUAAAUUCCAACUAAUUAACGCUAUGGAAAACACAGCCAAAUGAUUAUGUGUUAACAAUGAAAUGGGUCUAUGAAUACUUAUAUUUUAUAAUCUGCUGACUACUUGGCUCUGUGCGGCACAACAAAUAUACUCACAUAUAGUCAGUAAUACGAAACGGCAAGAUAUAGCAUCAAGAUCAUAAAACGUAACAGGUGCAAAAUUUCAUUCAAUAUGAAAAAAUCUAUAAAUAUUUUAAAAAAAUCAGUCUUUACAAAUAGAAACAUGCAUAUAUUGCUCACAAUUCUGGUGCUUUUAGAACAAUUGUUAUUGUCCAUAUUAUAGUAACUUGUGGCUGUAAUUUUUGCUAAGUUGUGGGUAAUGGGAACAGACAGCGCUUUGAAGAAAACAAAUUCACAGAUAAGGCAAUUAAUUGUGAAGUGUCUAAGCAUAGAAAAAAAUAUAACAAUAAAGUAGUAAAAUUGUGUUCUUA